CCUAGCGUAGGACAAAAUAUCCGCCGGAGAAAGUCCUUUUACAUUUCUACUUUAGCACUAUUUAUCACUUUGCGAAUUCUUUGGAUCGAGUCAACAUGUCAGGUCCAGGUGGAAUGGGUCCGGGUACCGGGAUGAGCGGCGGAAUGGGUACCGGUAUGGGUACAGGUAUGGGUACAGGUAUGGGCACGGGUAUGGGAACUGGCAUGGGAGCUGGCAUGGGUACGGGGAUGGGCGUGGUCAAGAAGAAGAAGAAGAAGAACAUAAUGCCGAAGCAAGGGACGAACCAACAAGGCCCGCAGCUAGGGGAUCCUGUAGUAGGGAAUACUAGUACCGCCCUAGCGCUCAUUCGCACAUGCGUCGUGACGACGGAGCCCGAGAAAAGGAGCGGGAGAGUAUGGUACCCAACUCGUUGGUUACGCAGAACUUUUGACGGCAAACUUCCCCCUAAUUGGAGAUCGGAUAUGAAUCUUUUGAGAGAGUACGAUGCUCUCCAGUUACUUCAGUCCGCCAACGACAGCCACGUUAGCGCCUCUGCCUUCGCAGUGUGCGAGCACCAUUUAUGGAGGGCUUUGCACAUAAAUGUGAGGUUCGACAUCAAUACGCUUCCAGCGGGCGCGCCAAAUCUCUUUGGCGUAAACGACGCUGUCUUCUUAGCAGAAUUAGACAGGUACUUCCCCCAAGGCCAGCCAAGAGACAAAGACCAUACCCCUCGUGAGUUUCACACCUUUUUCGGGAGACAAUACUGUUUCUGGGCGAUAGACACCGCCGAAUCUGGAAUCCCCGCCUGGAUGCUCAUCAUCAUGCAUCUUAAGAAGAGCCAGAGACCAAACCCAGAUUAUACACCCGAGGAAAACAACCCCUUCCUUGUCAACGAAUACUACGAUAGGGUCGAGUCAAUCGCCAUCGUGGAUCCAGAUCGGAUGCAAGGAGAGGUAAAGAAAGCGCAAGUUUAUAGGAGGAUUAUGAUGAUCCUCACGCGUUGCGGCAUUCUCGGUUCCGGGGAUUUCGCUGGAAGGAGAGAGUUGUGGAGCCCACUCGAGAAUCCCGAUCAAUAUAAAACACUAUAUAAACCGAAUCAAUGGGGUCUUGGCUUCCGAAUUUUCGAUAUACUCCGGACGCUUUUCGAUCGUAUCAGUCAGCAGUGGUGUAUAACUCCCCACGUACAUAAUGACCAUUCUUUCUGGAAGCCCAUCCCAGGAACUUUCAGCGCAGACCGAGUGCGUUCGGAGAUGAUAGGAUUUGCUUCUAUAGGGUGUCUCUAUACUCUAGAUUGGAAUGCAAGGAUAGCCAUUGAGCCUAUUCAGGCUAUAAACUAUGGCAAAGCACAGUUACCGGUUGAUGGUUUGAGGCAUCGCCAGGUCCCCCACGACUUAUGGGUAACGGGCGCCUCUGAUAAGAACAAAAACCCUCUUGUGUGGGUUGAUUCGAAAAAGCAGGAUGAGCCCGACGACGCUCCAGAAGUUCAGGUAGACCCCGACCAUGCGUAUGGACCCCUUAUUGGGGAAGAUUAUUACGAUAUAGACCACGACCGAGAUGGCAAUUAUGUAAGCGGUGCUGCUCCAAGCUCAGGAGCUGUUGAUCCAACAACCUCAGGAGGUCUUGCCCCACCAACAAGCGACGCCGGCGGUGACGCAAGUGACGGUGGCAGCUCAAGCAUUGGUGGCGGCGCAGGAACUAGUAGUAGUCCCCCAGGUGGUGGGGGUGGUACUAUUCCACAAAGUAGCAGUCCGGCGGGCGGCGGCGGCAGUACUGUUGGCGGUAGCAGUACAGCUGGUGGUAGUCGUGGUCGAGGUUCGCGAGGCCGUGGCGCCCGCGGUGCUCGUGGCAGUCGUGGCAGUCGUGGCAGUCGUGGCAGUCGUGGCAGUCGUGGCAGUCGUGGUAGUCGCGGUGGUCGCGGUGGUCGUGGCGGACGUGGUGGUAUAACCAUGGACCCUAGUACUCCAGCGGUGAAGCCGAAGGUGCUGGCCGCGAUUGCCGCACGACAACCUAGCCCUUACGUUGGCACUCCGCCUCCAGCACCUCAAGACGCUAGAGCUAGUAGGGACGAGAGAGCAGCAAGGAGAGCACAAGCCAGAGAAGAUAGAAUGAAAAGACAAGAGGGAAGUGCAAGCUUGAAGAGAGCAGCUUCGACUUAUUUGAGCUCUCCAAAACCCCCGAAGACACCCAAGACUCCCAAGAAUCCCACUCCCAAGACAUCAGAUAACCCAUAAAAAAAUAAUAGACGCUCAAAGGUUCUUAGUCAUGAUGUCUUUUUUUAGUCAUGUAUAUACCUACUUAGGCAGACAGUUAUGGAGAGAUCUACUGGGACGGGUACCCGGGCUCACCAAUUAUAGCGUUACAUGUAUAAUGCAUCUACAUAGACGAUGGAUCCAUUAA